ACAGCAAACGCUUCUAGAGGAGCCAAAGUGGUUAGCUUUUCGAAAACAGGGAUCCCGAUUGUUGAGAAUAAGGAUUCUCCUACUUCUACGUCUUUCUUUGGUAACGGCUCAGAAUCGAUAUCCCCAACGCGAUCACUCCCCUUUAACAUCACUCCUGGUGUUUUAAACUUUAGCUUUGUCGAGUCAGUUUCUCCUUCUCCAUUUUCUACUAUGACAACAUCAUCUUCU